UUCCUCCACUACAGCUCAAACUCUAAAUUCUAAAUUCUUGAAUCUCAACCCGAUAAAAUAGGGAAGGGGUUACAAAAACUUUCAAACUUUUUCAGUCUUCUUCUUUCUCGCGUUUUUCGCUUGAUUUUCUGGGAUAAGUUCGGUAUAAAGAAUGGCUUUGAAUACCACACAUCUGAUUGGUAGCCUUGCUGGGACUCCAGCAGGAACCAUACAAUCUGAGAUGGGAAUUUCAUCGGGAGAGUCCACUGCGACGGUAAACGCGGCGGCCGUGUGGAAGACGCCGGCGACGAGUCUCCGGUGUAAGGUGAGCAAGUCGGAAGGCGUGGACGCGCUCUCGCCGCCAGUGAGCCCUUGCAGGUCGCCGGUGUUAGGCGGAAUUCGGGCGGAUCUAUCAGUGGCGUGUCAAGCAUUCGCGACAGAGGUUGCGCCGAUGGCGGAGGCGGGGAUGGCGCCCGUGCCGAUGAGGAGGUACAAGGAGGGAGGAACCUCAGGGAAGGUGGAGGGAGUGCCGGUGUACGUGAUGAUGCCGCUGGAUAGCGUGACGAUGGGGAACACGGUGAAUCGGCGAAAGGCGAUGAACGCUAGUAUGCAGGCUCUGAAGAGCGCGGGGGUGGAGGGAAUUAUGAUGGACGUAUGGUGGGGAUUGGUGGAGAGAGAUUCGCCGGGAGAGUACAAUUGGGGUGGCUACACGGAACUCCUGGAUAUGGCAAAGAAGCACGGCCUCAAGGUCCAGGCGGUGAUGUCAUUUCACCAGUGCGGCGGAAACGUCGGCGACUCGUGCACUAUUCCCCUGCCCAAAUGGGCUUUGGAAGAGAUGGAUAAAGAUCCAGAUCUUGCAUAUACGGAUCAAUGGGGAAGAAGAAACUAUGAAUAUGUGUCUCUUGGGUGUGAUACCCUGCCUGUUCUCAAGGGCCGAACUCCAGUCCAGUGUUAUGCUGAUUUCAUGAGUGCUUUCAAAGACAAGUUUAAACACCUUCUUGGUGAAACUAUUGUGGAAAUCCAAGUAGGAAUGGGACCGGCAGGGGAGCUGCGUUACCCUUCGUACCCAGAGCAAAACGGGACAUGGAAAUUUCCCGGAAUUGGUGCUUUCCAAUGUUAUGACAAGUAUAUGCUGAGUAGCUUAAAGGCAGCUGCUGAAGCUGCGGAUAAGCCAGAAUGGGGGAGCACGGGCCCUACUGAUGCAGGUCACUACAACAACUGGCCGGAAGACACACCAUUCUUCCGCAAGGAAGGUGGAGGCUGGAACAGUCCAUAUGGCGAGUUCUUCCUCACCUGGUACUCCAAUAUGCUCUUGAAUCAUGGCGAUAGGAUCCUCACCGCGGCCAAGUCAGUGUUCGAGAACUCUGGUGUUAAAAUUUCAGUAAAAAUCGCGGGUAUUCACUGGCACUAUGGCACAAGAUCCCAUGCCCCAGAGCUCACAGCAGGCUAUUACAACACCAGGUUCCGCGAUGGCUACCUUCCAAUAGCUCAAAUGCUGGCUCGUCAUGGAGCCAUCUUCAAUUUCACUUGCAUUGAGAUGCGAGACCACGAGCAGCCCCAGGAUGCUCUGUGUGCACCAGAGAAGCUAGUGAGGCAAGUGGCUCUAGCCACGCAGAGAGCCCAGGUCCCUCUGGCAGGUGAAAAUGCACUGCCAAGAUACGACGAAUAUGCGCACGAGCAGAUCAUAAGAGCAUCACAGUUGAAUGUGGAUGGUGGCCAGAAUGACUCAACAAUGUGUGCUUUCACUUAUUUGAGGAUGAACCCUCAAUUGUUUCAGCCAGAACACUGGAGGAAGUUUGUGGCUUUUGUGAAGAAGAUGAAGGAAGGGAAGGGUGCUCGCAAGUGUUGGGAACAAGUGGAGAGGGAAGCAGAGCAUUUUGUUCAUGUCACCCGGCCUUUAGUGCAAGAGGCUGCUGUUGCACUUAUGCAAUAAGAAUCGUUGUUGAAAUUGAACUUGGUUUCUGCAGUUGUAUUUUACUUCAUAGGGUCUCUAUAGGUCACAGCUGGGCUAUGAAAUUUUUAGGGAAGAAGUAUCCUAGACUUUGUGGCCUAUGGAAUGUAUAAACAUGUAUUUAAUAUAGUAUUCAUUUUAUCAGAGUAUUUAUGCCAAAAACAGAAAAAGGAACUUGUAUUUUUAGAAUUGGCAAUUAUAAUUCUCCUACAAUCA